UUUUUUCAACAUGGCGUCCAGGCAGCAGCAGCAGCAGCAGCUGGCUGUUGUCCUCUUCUUCCUGCUCUAUGGGGUUUUAAGUUUUCCUCUGGGCCAGGACACACAACAAACUUCUACCUGCGGAUACGAGUCAUGUCAUGCCACCAAGCCAGACAUGCUGAACGUCCACCUGGUCCCUCACACACACGAUGAUGUCGGCUGGCUCAAGACUGUUGACCAGUAUUACUAUGGAGAUCGUAAUGACAUCCAGCAUGCAGGAGUGCAGUACAUCCUGGACUCUGUGGUGGAUCAGCUCUUAAAGAACCCGGACCGGAGGUUUAUCUAUGUGGAGACAGCGUUCUUCUACCGCUGGUGGAAACAGCAGAGCGCCAGCAUGCAGCAGACCGUCAAACAGCUUGUUAAUGAAGGCCGUCUGGAGUUUGUCAACGGGGGCUGGUGCAUGAGUGACGAGGCCACCACUCACUACAGCGCUGUCAUCGACCAGAUGACGAUGGGCCUGAGGUUCCUCAACGAGACUUUCGGUCCUUGUGGUCGCCCUCGUGUCGCCUGGCACAUAGACCCCUUUGGCCACGCUCGUGAACACGCCUCCAUGUUUGCGCAGAUGGGGUAUGACGGCUUCUUCUUUGGACGUCUGGACUACCAGGAUCGGCGUCACAGGAUGAUCGCGAAGGAGCAGGAGCUUCUGUGGAGAGCCUCUGACAGCCUCACGCCCCCCAUAGCAGACCUCUUUACUGGGAUCCUUCCCAAUGGGUACAACCCCCCUGAAGGCUUCUGCUGGGAUCAGUCCUGUGAUGACCCACCAAUCAGAGACGACCCUGACCUGGAGGACUAUAAUGUCAAUGAUGUGGUGAAUCGCUUCCUCACCAUCGCUGGCAGUCAGUCUGAGGUGUAUAAGACCAAUCACAUUAUCAUGACCAUGGGAUCAGACUUCCAGUAUGAGAACGCCAACCUGUGGUACAAAAAUCUGGACAAGCUGAUCCACUACGUUAACGCCCAGCAGGCGAAUGGCAUCAAAGUCAAUGUGCUCUACUCUACCCCCUCCUGCUACCUGCAGGAGCUGCACAGAGCAAACCUCAGCUGGGCUUUGAAGACGGAUGAUUUUUUCCCCUAUGCCGACGAUGCUCAUGACUUCUGGACCGGCUACUUUACCAGCCGACCGGCACUGAAACGUUAUGAGAGGGUCAGCAACAGCAACCUGCAGACAUGUAACCAGCUGGAAGUACUCGGUGGUCCAGUCUCCAAGAAUGGGCCUUUUGGUAACGGAGACAGCCAGACCAUGAAGAAAGCCAUGGCUGUGGCUCAGCACCAUGAUGCUGUGUCAGGCACAGAGAAACAACACGUUGCCAACGACUACGCCAGGAGGCUCGCUACAGGCUGGCAGCAUUGUCAGGUGUUGGUCAGUAACAGUCUGGCUGCUCUGAGCGGCUCGUCUGCUGAGCGAGUCUACUGUGACAACCUCAACAUCAGUGUGUGUCCUCUCACUGAAUCCAGCAACAAGUUCUCAGUUAAUGUGUACAACCCUCUCGCUCACCCCGUCACUUGGUCGGUCAGGCUGCCAGUCAAUGGAACAGCGUAUGCUGUAUCGGAUGCCAACGGCAAAGCUGUUGACUGCCAGGUGGUUCCAGUGUCUGCAGCCACGGAUGUGAGGAGAAACCGAGGCUUCGCCGUCAACGAGCUGCUGUUCCAGGUGCAGGCUCCUCCUUUGGGCUUCACCAUCUACUCUGUGUCGCUGCUUAAGGGCGGGCCUCCACCAGCCUCCACACACAACCAACCGACCACCAGCAUCCAGAACAAGUUCCUGCAAGCCACCUUUGACCCUGAAACUGGCCUCUUGAGCGGCCUCAGCAACCUGGAGACCAAGCAGAGUAUUAAACUGACGCAGAAUUUCUACUGGUACAAUGCCAGUGACGGUAAUAACGCAGCGAGCAACCAGCCUUCAGGUGCCUACAUCUUCAGACCCAACUCCUCAACACCUUUCAUCAUCAGCAAGACGGCAAAGACUGAGUGCAUUCAGACUCCUGUUGUUCAGGAGGUGAGGCAGUGGUUCUCUCCCUGGGUGUCUCAGGUGGUUCGUCUCUAUAGCGACAGCAGAGCUCUGGAGCUGGAGUGGACAGUCGGACCGCUGCCCAUUGAUGAUGACCUGGGGAAGGAGGUGAUCACUCGCUUCGACACCAGCAUUCAAACAGAUGAAUAUUUCUACACGGACUCCAAUGGCAGAGAGGUGCUGCAGAGAAAGAAAGAUUUCAGACCGACUUGGAACCUGAAGCAGUCAGAGCCCAUCGCUGGAAACUAUUACCCCAUCAACUCACGUGCCUUUAUCAAGGAUGACAUGGAUCAACUCACUGUGGUGACCGAUCGCUCUCAAGGAGGAGGAAGCCUCCACAAUGGCUCUCUGGAGAUCAUGCUCCACCGCCGGCUAUUGUACGAUGAUGUCCGUGGCGUUGGAGAGCCUCUCAACGAAACCUCUCACAUCUUCCCUGAGGGGCUGGUGGUCCGGGGUCGCCUCCUUCUUUCCCUCGACCGCCCGCCAAGCGCAGCUGACGCACACCGCCCCCUGGCCCAGGAGAUGGUACUGCAGCCGCUGCUGACGUUCACUGAUGGCGAUCUGCACCCAAACACUAAACUGGAGUUCUCAGGGCUGCAGGCUGCGCUGCCCCCUGCUGUCCACCUGCUAACACUCACUCAGUGGGAUAAGGACUCGGUACUGCUGAGGCUUGAGCAUCAGUUCCAGAGCUGGGAGAGCAAAGUGAACUCUCAGCCUGUCACUGUCAACCUGCAGAAGCUGUUCUCCACUCUGGAGGUGUUGGGCGUGUCCGAACUCAAUCUCUCAGCCAAUCAGUGGAAAGACGAGAUGAACCGUUUUAAAUGGACACCACAGUCGGGUGAGAAGCCCCUGCUGAAGAUGUUUCAAGACCCCUCCCCAUGGGAGGUGACCUUGAAGCCCAUGGAGAUCCGGACCUUCCUGCUCAGAGUCAGCCUCAAGUAGCCAACCACAUUCAUCCAUUGUUUUUUUUUUUUUUUAAAGGAUGAUUCAGUGUCAGCAAUGCAAUCUAAAUUCUUGUGGCCUCUUCGCUUGUUUGGAUUAGAUAAAGACAAUUCUACUCGAAUGUACAGGACACGAGUGAUGACAGAACGAGAGGCUGAGUUCACACAGCUUGGUUUGGAGCGAGUAAGCACAAGCAGACGACCACUUCCUUAACAAAACGUUUAACACUAUGAGCAGUGUUAGAAGUGUUCCUUCUAUGUAUAGAUUUGUUGAAGCUGCCUUUUGUGCAGCAGAAACAUCCAAAAUACUAACAACUCCAAAACACAUUUUUGUUCAUUGUUUCAACUUAAGGUCUUCUCAGUUCGUCCACAAUCACACAAAUCCUUUAAAAUAUCUGGUGCCAACUUGAACUGAUUGUCUGACAAUCAGUCAAUUACCGUAAUCUUUGUAUUGUUACCAAAAUGUAAAUAUUUGAAAAUGAUUUUUAUACUGAUCAUCAAGCAGCUGAUAAAGUGAAUGAUUCUAACUGUGUGUUUAUUUUUACAGCGACAUGUCUGUACAAAUACUGAUGAACCACAAAUGUUGCCAAAGACCCUUCAGGUAAAAUAAAGUUUCCAAGGUUUUUUCUGAACCUGGAGACUUUCAUUGACUUACUACAAAAAUGUAUUUACAUCAAAUAAGUCUCAAGACGAUUUUACUUCUUGAACUCGAAGGUCAAAGGCAACCACUUUCACGAGACUGCCAAAAGAAUAAGUAAAGAACAGAAAAAGUCAGCACAAGGUCUUUAUUGGACUGAAACAACGAGCUGUAGAAGUAAAAAAAAAGUCUCCUGCUUAGCAACAUCUUGCGGAUUAACUGCUCUUAGGUUUCUCUUUCCAGCUAAAUAGAAUUGGAUUGCCAUUAGUCAUGUUUACCUCAUCCAGGCUGCAUGAAGCCAAUAAAACAGAAAUAAAUGUACUUUUAAAAAAAAAAAAAAGGGAAAAAAAAGUGAAUUAUUCCAUUUUCUCCUCAUUAGUCUUCUUCAGGUCAUGGGAGUAGCAGCAUUUGUCUCCAUGGUCGCAUGUUCCCUUUAAAGAAAAAACACAAGAAACAACUCUCAGGGAAUCUUAUUGAGCCUCAGGAUUCAUAGAAGUAACUGUUUGUCUCCCUUUUAGACUUCCAUUGGCGACAUCCUCAGAAAAGCAUGCAAUGCUGUUAAUGAUUCCUGUGUUUAACAUUUAUUACUCAGUGGGUGGUUUAUUUUUAUUAUGUUGAUUGAUGAUUUUGUAAAAGACUGUACAUCAUUGAAAAAAAUAAAAAGGCUGAGAUUAAAUAUG